UAUACGUAGCGAGGAGGAGGCGGAGUUUGAUGACACGGUAGUAGUGACGUAUUUCCUAGUUAUUCCUUCUAUCUUCCCUAGUGUUUACAUUACUUCCUGUAGCUAUGGAAGAAGAGGAAGGAGCUGUGGCUGGUCCUCUAGCAAUUGUGACGGAUGUGCUUCCUCCUCGGAUGACACCCAAAGAAGAAGGAUCUUUACCAUAUCUUAGAAUUAAAGACCAAACACCACUGAUCCUAACUAAGGCUAUCGAUGCAUUGCAUCGACAUAAAAGUGAGUUCUUUGAGAAGCAUGGAGAGGUAGGCACUGAAGCAGAAAAGAAAGCUAUCUCUCUUCUUUCUAAAUUACGAAAUGAACUACAAACUGAUAAGCCAUUUCUGCCUUUGACUGAUAACUGUCUUGAUACUGAUAUAUGGAAUAAAUAUCUGGAAUAUCACCAUACUCUUUUAAAUGAAAAUAAUAAAAAAAUAAGCUGGUUUCAGUCUCCUUGGUUGUAUGUAGAGUGUUAUAUGUAUCGUAGAAUUCAUGAAGCAUUAGUGCUAAGUUCACCAAUAAGUUACUUUGAUGUAUUUAAAGAAUCAAAAGAACGGAAUUUCUUUGAAUCACAGGAAGCUAUUAAGACUUUAUGCAGCUAUCUACAAGACUUAAAAAAAAGGAUUGAAAAUCUAGAUGAAAAGCAACUGAAAGAUGAGUUUUUUAAACUCUUUCAGAUUGUGUUAUGGGGAAAUAAGUGUGAUUUGGCACUUUCACCUAAUCAGAGCAUCCCUCAGACAUCUAGUCCACUAGCUGUUUUGGAAGACUUGAAACCUUUCAUUUUAGUGAAUAAUUUGGACUACCUUUGGUCACUACUUAUGAGUAGAAAGAAAAUGCGUCAGGAGACAUUUUCUGUUACAAGAGUGGAUUUUAUCAUGGAUAAUGCAGGAUUUGAACUUGUUACAGAUUUGGUAAUGGCAGAUUUCCUGUUAGCAUCUAAGCUGGCUACUGAGAUCCACUUUCAUGGAAAAAGUAUUCCCUGGUUUGUUUCAGAUACUAAUAAAAAUGACAUAUAUUGGUUGAUUGAACAGUUAAAAGCUGCUAAUGCCAAGUGCAUGUCUAAGUGUGGGAUUAAUUGGGAAUAUUAUCUUAAACAUUCAUGGAUUUACCAAGAUCAUAUGUUUUGGACUCUGCCUCAUGAAUAUUGUACUAUGUCUCAGGUUGCUACUGAUUUGUAUGCUGAACUAGGGAAGUCAAAUUUAAUUCUUUUCAAAGGUGAUUUAAAUUAUAGGAAAUUAGUAGGAGACAGAAAAUGGGACUUUACAGUUCCAUUUCAUCAGGCUUUGAAUGGCUUCCACCCUGCACCUCUCUGCAGCAUAAGAACACUAAAAACUGAAGUUCAAGUUGGUCUGGAACCUGGGCAGGGGGAAGAGAUUACAGAUACUGAUCCUCAGUGGAUGACCACUGGAAAAUAUGGUAUUUUUCAAUUUGAUGGGGCACUUUAAUUUGGCUUAGGGGCUUCUAAAAACUUCUAAAAAAGAGAAGCUUUAGCAUGCACAUUUCCUCCCUAAAAAGUAAUUCUGAAAAUUUAAUUAUUUUAAGGGUUUUGAGUUACCUUUUUAAAGCUUACUCUUUCAGUAUCAGCUGUCUUUGUAUUGAGCUGCUUUGGGAAUCUUAUAGACAUUUCAUUAUUAUUUAUUGAAAUUUUGUGUUUUAUCAUCCCAUCGUUACAAGUGGAUCAAAGAGAUUACUGAGAUAAAUGUAAAAAAUGUAUAAUUUUACUUAUGUUUCUGUUUAAUUUUUGUCAUUUUAAGUUAUAGUAAGAUAUAUAAUAUAAUAUUUUGGGAAAUAUUAAAAUUAUUCUAACUUAAUUUUAUACUGCUGCAACACAAAUCUCAUGGUGGCAUAAAUUCUAAUAUAUUUACACUUUGGACAAAUUUCUUAAAACUGUGAAGUUUGAACCAGAGGGAAGUAGAAAAUUAACUUGAUGUUGUUAAUAAUUCAGAGGAAUUGCCUUUUGUAUUUGAACUUCUUAAUGAUAGUAGUUGAAUAAAUGCAUUCCUGUAUAUACAUUUACUUUUUUGAAUGGUUUGUUAAAUUACAAAAAAACAAACAAAAAAAGCCAGAUUGCCAAGUAUAUGUAUUAUUGAAGAAUAUGAUAUCUUUUUCAUACUUAUGAAUUAUGUCCAUAGAAAGAAAAAGAUAUUUUGAUCAAAUUGUCUUUAGAAAUGAACAAAUUACUUUUCUGGAAUUUGGAAGGUAUCUUUCCACCAUGGAUUGGCUUUGAACCUGAGUUGUUUAGAAAGUAUAAGUACUUUGCCAUCUUGAUUUGGAAAAAAUAUAAUUGCAUUUAUUUUCUGGAUUUUCGCUAAUAAAGUAAAUUAAUAUUCCAUUUGGUUUUGUUUUCCCUAUGAGUUAAAAAUAGACAAAAGACCAGCAAUACAAUUAACUAAUGCAUUUAUAAUAUAAAAGCAGACCUUAAAAAAAAGCAGUUUACAUAUGGAAUUGUGUUAGUUUCCUUUCUUCCUAUUUAGGUGAAAAAAAGGUUGGUAAUGACAAGAUAUAUGUAAAAUAAUAGCAUAUAUUUAUGUAUGAUUUUUAAAGAUGUUAUUCUGCAUAUAGAAAGUUGAACUAUAAAAGCAAAUAUGAGAUUAUUCACAACAUAGCGAGAUAAAAGCAUUUGUAUGGACUGCUCAAGCAUAGUGCAGGUUCUUAUGUAGAUACUACUUUUUGAUACAGAAUAAACAAAACAGUAGGUAUUAGCAUUUCUGUUAAAUAAAUACAACACUCAUUUAUGAACUUGAAACUAUGAAGUUAUUUUGUACUUCACAAAUUUCAAGUUUUUGAAGUUUCCUAAUUUUUAAAUAAUAGUUAAGUUGUAUAAAAUGUGCAUUUGAAAAAAAAAAUGAAUAGUUUCUUGUUCCUAAAUUAUGUAGCAUGUGACUUUUUUAAAAAAAAGUUUUAAAAAUUUGACAAAUGUGAAUUUUUAUAUUAAAAAAAGCCCGAAAAAAAGGAUUGUAUGUGAAUUUGUGAUUCUGUUAAUAGAGUUUUGGGUUGUAUCAACACUGAUUUUUUUUUUUUUUGAAUUUCUUGCUGCUUUGUAUGUUUUAUUGACAUCACUAUCACCAAUUCCCCAUAUUCUAUCUAUAGCAUUCUUUUGUCCCUUAAAAAAGGCAUCUCAUAACAAAUGUGAUGAAACAAAACAAGUACAUAUCUUGGCCAGGUGUGAACAUAGAUAUUUUAUUUUAUAUUUCUAGGCCAUUGAAAUAUAAAAUUUUGGGGAAUAUUUUCUUUACAUGUCCAUAUUUGCUUAAAAAUUAUACAUGUACUACUACAAUAAUUGUGUACAUUUAAAAAUGAAAUAAAGAUGAAAAAAUUAUAUCGCUUA